AGCAAAUAUAUCUUAUUUUCUACUUUAAAAAGAAAUUAUGCAUCAUAAAUUGCUUCGAUACUAUGAAAGAACAUGAUUUGGAGUAGUUAAAAUUUAUUAACUAAAUGAUAUAUGAUACCAACAAAGUAUAAUAUGAGAUUAGCUAACAAAAUAAAUUAUUAUGAUAUACAAAAUGAAGUAUCAAAUAAAAGUCAAGAUUUUAAUAACAAGCUAGCUCGACUCGGCUCGUUAAUAAAUGAGUUGAGCUCGAUCUCGACUCGUUUAUUAACGAGUCAAGUUCAAGCUGGGAUAAAAGUCGACUCGGUUCAUUUGCGGCCGAUGCAGGUCUACAUUGUCAUUUUCCUCUCCGUUCAGUUUGUCAUUUCGCCAACCACUCCCAACUCUCUUCCGUUAUCCUCCGUCUCAGUUCCCUUCGCAAGUGCGUAGAUGGAGACGAGGAAGACUCCAUUGAUCGCGAGCCCAGUGCCGGGAAUCGGCGCCGGCGACAGGCUCAGCUCUUUGCCGGACGAAAUCAUCGCCCACAUUCUCUCUUUCCUGCAAACCAAGUACGCUGUCGGAACCGCUGUUCUGAGCCGGCGGUGGAAGGAUCUAUGGGCUAAGGUUUCCAGUCUCGAUCUCGACAGCAGCCUGGUUUACAGGCCUCUGGACAGGUACGUCGUCCUCCGUAGCUUGCCGAUGGAUGAACAGCUCAAAUAUCGGUAUGGUAAGGUCCCGUCGCCGGAUCCAGUUUCAGAGAUUCUUGGGAGGAGAGAUUUGGAGUUCUGCCGCUUCGUGGACAGGGUGCUGAGCCAGCACAGGAAUCUCGAUUCUCUGAGGCGUUUCCGUUUCCACUUCUCGACGGUGUCGCGUAAAAGAAAUCAGGCCUCGCCCGAUUCUUGGUUUGAGAGAGAAUUGGUGUUUGGUCCACUCCUCGAAGAGAUUGAUGUCUCGAUAUCUGGGGAGACAGAUCUCGGAAUUCCACAAUGUUUGCGCUGCAUUCCAGAGAGCUUCUAUACUUUGAAGAAUCUGAAAGUUGCCAAGCUUGGCGGGGUUGUACUAGGUGCAGCAAAAGAGUCCGUUUUUCUUCCCAGUGUCAAGGUUUUACAGCUUGCUUGGGUGGAGAUUGAGGACUUUAAGUCAUUAGGCAGGCUCAUCUCUGGCUUCCCUGCUCUGGAGACUGUUCAUCUGGAGUUUUGCUUCCCCUCUAACAGGAAUGAGAAUGAUAUUCUUGAAAUUUCCUUGCCAUACUUGAAGAACUUGAAGAUUCACGAUGAUCCUGGUGCUUAUAAUGGUACGGCCUGCGCUGUUGUACUCGAAGCACCCAAGCUUGAAGAUCUUCAUUUUAAUGUAACUUCAGACUUAGACAUGGCCGGUAGCCCAUUUCCUUGCCUCCAUUCAGCAUAUGUUGAUAUUGGGGAUUGUGAGAUGUCGGGAGUUCUCAGUCGAAUCUCCUACGCAAAGGAAAUUACCUAUGGGGAGAAUCUGGAUCGUAUGUUAGCUAUCAAGUAUGAUCAAUUGCCCGACUUUCCCAACUUGACACAUUUGACGACGUUAACUAGGUGCACAAAAUGGGUUCUGUACUCCUUGCUCAACUCAGCCACCAAAUUACACUCUCUUGUCAUUGGCGAGAUGGGUCGCAAUGAACAACUGGACUGGGAUUGGAAUUCUGAAUCUGAUACGACGCCCGAGUGUUUGUUAUCAAGCCUCGAGGAAAUCGAGAUUGAGGGUUUUGUAGAGAAUGAAGAAGAUGUGGAACUUGUUGCAUAUUUGCUCGAGGUUGGAGCUGUCCUGAAGAAGUUGAAGCUUGUGGUUUAUGGUGAUUGUUAUAAAGACAUAGACUUCCGCAAAGCUCUUGCUUCACUGCUUAAACGGCCAAGAAGAUCAAGCUCUUGUGAGGUUCGUCUUGUACUUCCCAACAAGAGGGAGUUUCGUAUUGAUAGUGACCAUGGGACGGACAUCGACGAUCACGACUACGACUACAUCGUUGAAGAGGAUUCCUAGAAGCCUGGUGGUGAGUAGAAAGAAGCCGCCGAGUAACACGAUGAACUGGUGCUAUAUUAGAAUAGUUUGUCUUUCUGAAGUAGUUACUGUUGGUAUCCUUUGGUUCACAAAGGCGGAUUUUAGGCUAUUAUUUAAGUUGCUUAGGAAGCUUCUUUCAUGCAAGUUUUCUCAUGCUUUGUCUUUUGAGAACAUGGACUGCUUGAUGAAAUGGAAGGAUUGAUCACAGUGGUUAUGUAAGUCCAGCCGGGCCCACUUCUCCAUUCACUUGCCACUCUUGCCAACGAUUCCUUCCCCAAACUUCCCAGCCGGGUGUCGACGCCGACGACAGGCUCAGCACUUUGCCGGACGAAAUCCUCGCCCACAUUCUCUCGUUCCUGCAAACCAAGUACGCUGUAAGAACGGUGAUCCUGAGCCGACGGUGGGAGGAUGUCUGGGCUAGGGUUUCCAGUCUCGAUAUCGACAACCACUAUGUUUACAAGCCUCUGCACCAGGAAUUAGCUGAUCGGAACAUGCCGCCGUAUGAUCCGCGGAAGUAUAUGGAAGAGGAAAGACAUUUAGGCACGCUGGAAUCCAUCAUUCGUGAGAUUCGUAGACUGAAAGAACUAGAUUUCUGCCCCGCUUCGUCGACUGGGUUCUGAGCCGGCACCAGAAUCUCA